AGCCGUUACAAUCUUCCUAAGAUUUUACUACAAAAAUCUAAAAUCAAAACCAAAUCUCUCAAAAGAUUUCUUCAAUUCAUAUCAAAUGACUUCCACACGUUGUGCUGUUUGCAAGUAUUUCAGGCGAAGAUGUCCUUCCGAUUGUAUUUUCUCACCUUAUUUCCCUCCCAAUAAUCCUCAAAGAUUCACUUGCGUUCAUAGAAUCUAUGGUGCUAGCAACAUUGGGAAGAUGCUUGAGGAAUUACCCAUGAAAGAUCGAGCAACUGCGGUUGAGACAUUGUACUAUGAAGCUAAGUGUAGAAUACAAGAUCCAGUGUAUGGUUGUGUAGGAUUAAUUCCAUGGUUGCAACAAGAAUUAAAUAUCGCACAAAGCCAAUUAGCAAAAACAAGAGCCGAAAUUGCUUUUCAUUAUGCUAAUGCUACAACAGCUGAGCCAAUACUGGGCUCGGCUGAGCAGUUGCUUCAACAACAUGGUGUUGAUCAUGGUCUAGAUGACCAUUCUUAUUCUUGGUUUUGGUAG